CGCGUUUUAAAAUCUCUCAACCCGUUGGGUCGACCCGAACCCGAAAGUUCUGGGUCUUGAACAAGCAUUUGUAAACCCGAACCCGAAAGUGACCGACCCGAUUCAACCCGAACCCGAAAAUAAUUUUUUACAACCCGACCCGACCGACCCGUUUGACAGGUCUACAGUCAUAGUAUCAUCUCUCACGAUGUUCAUUGGCAUAAUUUUGAUUACUUGGUUCCCUGCCACCUCGAUUGCAUGCUGUGGAUUCGUGAUGCAAAGCAUUGGAAUUGGACUUGCAUCCAAGGUAAUUCCAACUAUUGCAGAAGAGAUCACUCCAUAUACAUGCCCCAUGUUGUUCAAUGUUGCAUUGAUGUUUGGUCCUUUAGGAGCUAAUGUAAUGAACCUUAUUGUAUCAAAUCAAGCAUCAUGGGGUUGGAGGGUAUCUUAUGGCAUCGUAGGAGGUGUAGUUAUGAUUAUCCUUUUAUUAUCACUUUUUGUCACCGAAAGUCCAGCAUUUAUGUUGGAGAAAAACAAAAUAGGCGAAGCAGAAACAAUUCUCCAAAAAGUGAAUGGAAAGGAUGAUAUAAAGGAGAGCCUAUCAAUAUUGAAAUUUUGGGUAGAGAAGGCCAAGAAAUCUUCUCCUAAACUACUAAUAAAACCACUAAGUCAUCCACCACUUAUUAUUACCCUAUUUAUUUCCAUCUUACCUAUCUUUGGGGCAGUUGACACCAUCCAGUUUUACGGCCCUUUAUUGUUCAAAUCAGCCAAUAUCCUUCAAAAAAAUCUUUAUUUUGCUCCAAUAGGCAUAUCCUUAAUCCAAAUAUUUUUCCGUCUCCUAAGCUUGGGUGUGGUAGAACUCUUUGGUAGAAAAAAGCUACUACUUUUCGCCAUCUCAUUGAGAAUGAUUUUAGAGGUAGUCAUGUGCAUUGAAUUUUACAAGCAUUCUCAUAUGUUAAGAUACUUAGACUUUCCACAGCCUAUGCUAGUUGUUGGGGGCUUAUACGUGGCGAUGGAUGCCUUCCUAACUCCACCAAAUGGUUGGUUGGAGGUGUCAUUUCCACCAGAGACAAAGCAAAUAGGAAGUACAAUAUCAAUAACAUUGGGACCGCUACAAAAUGCAAUCACAGCAGCCAUCUCAGUAUUAUUGGUGUGCAAGUUAAACAGAUCAGUUUUCUUUUUUUUCUUCCUUGGGAUGUCGUUAUCAUUUUAUUCAUAGUCUUUCUCGUACCAGAGACGACUAAUGUAAAAGGUUCUGAAAUAGUUAGCUUAGUCUGGAGUAGACAUUGGCUAUGGAAGAAGUAUGUUAGGACUAGUGACACGUACACUUGAACAUAUAAUUUUGUAUUACAUUAUUUUAUUGUAAUAUAGGUCAUCAUGAUCUACUAUUUGUGGAUUCCAAUUAUCACUUGGUAGGAGACUAUUUUGAUUGAA